GAGACACCAACACACACACUUCCUUUCUCUCUCUCUCUAAUUGCAAUAAUGGCAACCCACCAAGUAAGAGGAGCUGACCUGCUCCUCCAUUUUUAGGAAAAAACCCAUUUCUCCCCUCAACAUUUUCAAGAACGAAGCUACUUUCCGAAUCUAAAUCCCAAGGGUUUCUAGUAUUGCUCCAGCAUACAAACUCCCAAGACACCGCACAGAACUACAGUACUCCUCAGCGCCUCAGUCUAGUCCUCUUACCCAUCCUCUACAAUCUACAUCCAUCAAUCUCAUCAUCGUCAUCAUCAUCUGUAUAUCUUGCUCUAUGCAUCAUCUCCCUCCUCCCCAUCUAAAAAAUUAAACCCCUCUCCCCUCCUCUCACCUCCCCUCUUCUCCCCUCUAUGUGUUACUUUUCUGAAUACAAUACGAUCAUCCACUGCAGAGAAGAAGGAAUCUAAGCAAACCCUAGCCAGCUAGACGACGAAGAAGAAGAAGAAAUCAGUAGUAGCUAGAAAAUAGAGCUAGAUCCGAGUGAUUGCAGAAACCCCACUUGGAUCACCAUUUCUUUCCAUGGAGGGUGACAGCGGUUCUAACUGCGAGGUCAUGGCCGGGGGCCAUGCGGCCUCCUCGUCGGCAACGGCCGCAGCCUCAGCCCCAAGCCGGUACGAGAACCAGAAGCGGCGAGACUGGAACACCUUUGGGCAGUACCUGAAGAACCACCGGCCGCCGCUCUCCCUGUCACGGUGCAGCGGGGCCCACGUUCUGGAGUUCCUCCGUUACCUCGACCAGUUCGGGAAGACUAAGGUGCACACCCCCAUCUGCCCCUUCUACGGCCACCCCAACCCGCCGGCGCCCUGCCCCUGCCCGCUCCGCCAGGCCUGGGGCAGCCUCGACGCUCUCAUCGGCCGCCUCCGCGCCGCCUUCGAGGAGAACGGCGGCAAGCCCGAGGCCAACCCCUUCGGCGCACGCGCUGUCCGCCUCUAUCUCCGGGAGGUUCGUGACUUGCAGUCUAAGGCCAGAGGCAUCAGCUACGAGAAGAAGAAGCGGAAGCGCCCUCCGCCGCUGCAGCCGCAACAACCGCCGCAGCUGCCGCUGCCGCUGCCACUGCCGCUGCCGCCGCACCCAGGAGCAAUAGAUUACUGGUAGAUCUGUGGUGCUUACCCAACCCGCUUCUGAUGCAAACUGUGUUAGUAUUAUAUGUAGCUAUGGGUUGGAGAAAUAGUAGAAGACUGGUGGUAAACAGUACUUUAAGAAGUAGGAGUGUCAUCCAUGUACUUACAUAUACAUAUAUAUAUAUAUAUAUAUAUAAUACAAUUAUUUUAAUUUCAUAUAUAAAUGUACUCGAACAUUCGUGAUUGUGAACCAAUAGAUUCUCAGAUAGUAUGGAUGUUUGUUUCA